AUGCAUGAUCAGAUUGAUAAAUUCAAGGAGUAUUUAACUCAAAACUCAAUAUCUCAUGAUGAUGUUUUUCUCGAAAUUCCUAAUUUAGAGAAAGUUGAUUAUUUUAAUUCUUUUGUAGAGUUAUCAUUAGUUGAAACUUGUGCCUACUUUGGAUCUGUUAAUAUUUUUUAUUUCUUAAUUUCUAAUCAUUAUUGUAAAAUAACUGAAAAAUGUCUUCGCUACUCAGUAAUUGGAGGAAAUCAAGAUAUUAUCAACGAAUGCUUGAAAGAAAAUAAAAUGAAAAUUGUUUGUUUCAGAAGCAUUAUUAGAACACACAAUCAUAAAUUGCUUGAAUAUGUUUUAGAUAGAGAGAUAUUCACGCAAGAUGAUUUAUAUGGCGAGAAUUAUCAAUCUACUAAAGAAUAUGAUUGGACGGAUAAAAAAUUUAAACCUAUUUAUGAAGAUAUCAUCAGAUAUCAAAACCUUAAUGCUGCAUUUCUUCUAUUCAAAAGGAACAAAUAUUAUAUUUUUCCAUGGGCUGCUGCAUUUCCGCAAACAAUAGAUAUUUUCAAAAACAAUACAUUUUCUAACAAACUUAAUCACGCUGAUGGUGGAAUUAUUCAUUUUGCAUGUAGGUCACCCAAUUCUGAUAUUUGCAGAUUAUUACUUGAGUCAUACAAUCAAAUUAUAGUUAAUGAUGAUGAAGUUGAAUUAGAAGGAGAAAUCCAUAAUGAAGAACGUAUUUUACAUGGACUUAAUAUCAAUGAAAAAAACAAACAUGGAAAAACAGCACUUUGUAUUGCAGUAAGAAAUGAUAAUAAAGAAAUGAUAGAGAUUCUUAUUUCAUAUGGUGCAAAUGUCAAUGAAAAAGAUGAAAAUGGGAAAACCGCUCUUCAUUAUGAUGCAUAUAAUAAUAGUAAAGAAACAGCCGAAGUUCUUAUUUCACAUGGUGCAAAUAUUAAUGAAAAAGAUGAAUAUGGAGAAACAGCUCUUCAUAUUGCAGCCCAUGAAAAUAGAAAAGAAAUAGCCGAACUUCUUAUUUCACAUGGUGCAAAUAUUAAUGAAAAAGAUAAAUAUGGAAAAACAGCUCUUUAUUAUGCAAUAGAAAAUAAUUGUGAAGAAAUAGCCGAACUUCUUAUUUCACAUGGUGCAAUUAUCAAUGAAAAAGAAAAUACUUUUAAUCAAUCAUCAUCUGAUUAUUGA